AUUGACGAGAAACGUCUCACACAUAGACUUGUAAUAGAUGAAGGUGAACUCGAUUUCUUGAUCAAAGAUUGUACUGAUGCCGGAACUUUUGCCGGAAGAGAAAAAUGUCCACUUGGAUUCAUACUUACAUAUUACGAGGGACAUCAGCCACAAUAUACGCAUUUACGAGCUUCUAUGUUAGCAUACGCGCAUAUUAAUUUGUUAGAGAUGCUUCGGAGAUUUGAUCCUAAUGAAGUAGUAAGGAUUGCCACAGAUUCUAUAUAUGUACGAAAAGAGGCUUUAUAUAAGAUCGAAAAUAUACCGGCAUUCUUCAAGCAAGUUGAGGUAAAGUCAGAUCGAAAUUUAUGUACACAUCGUCCUUCUUGUGCAAUGUGUAGCGAUCCAGAAGAAUUGCUUAUAUUUUCAAAAUCAGAAUACGCAAAAUGGAUUAAAGAGUUUCUAAAAACAAAAAGGCCUCUAGUAAAAUAUGAUUGCAAAAGACAUAAACCAUUUAUUUGCAGAUUUUGUUUUGGGGAAUGGUUUUAUAGACCAGACUCCUAUGCUCUUUCACAUCAACCAGAAGAACAAGAAAUUCAGGAAAUUCAACCUGGUCAAUGGCGUGAUAAGGGUGAAAAAAUAUAUGGACCAGUUGCCGAUAUUGUAUACUGGCCAAAAGAUAGACAUUGUGAAUCGAUCAAAGAUAUUCCUGAUAGUACAGCACCCUCGAUUCAUGAUCCUAUUACAAGGUAUCGAAAUUCUUAUCUCAAUGGAGGAGGCGGAUCUGGUAAAACAACACGUGGAAUUCGAGUCUAUCAAAGUGUAAGUAUGAUUGUCUUUACACAUACAAAUGCAUUAGCUAAAGAUUUUCGAGAUAAGCGUGGUGUGAGAGCCCAAACCUGGCAUAGUUUCUUUAGAUGGAAUGGCGUAGGAGAGUGGACACCUGAACGUAUGGGAGAGAAGAAAUUUCCACGAGUUGUUAUUUGGGAUGAGGUAUGUACAGUUCCUAAGCAUAUUCUUGAAAUGUUUAUCGAUUAUUUACUAGAACAGAAAUGUCAAGUAAUCUGCUGUGGAGAUGAUGCACAACCUCCGCCAUUCUUCGGAGAAAUGCCACAUAAUUGGUUAAAAGAGCACGCCGAUUAUUAUGAAGAAGUCUUAACUGAUUAUCGCGCAAAAUGCCCCAAAUUACGUGAACUCAAAAAAGGCAUGCGUCGCAAAAAUAAUCGAAUACAAUCAAA